CCACUGUAAAGUAACGACUCUGCAACCAUCCAAAAACUGCAACUCUGAACCUCACCACGGCAUCCCUUUUGCACAGCACAUUCAAAGAAAUGACGUAAUCGUAGUCUCUACAUUGCGUUUGUUCGUGCGAUCAGGUAGCCCCGCUCGAGCAGAGAAUGGCGAAACCAUAUCCGUUUCUGCACACUUUGAUUUCUCCGAAGAAGGCCGUUUCCGCAAACUGCUGCUCCAUUUGUUCAGCUUGGGUUCGACUCGGGCAUUUGGGAUGGUGCGCACGGCUGGGUGUGGGUCAUCGUGUCGCUACUGACACUGUGUUUGCUACUGCAAUUUGUCGAUUUGCCCACGAGGGACCAUCUCCUGUCUGCAGCGAGAAUAGAGACGAGACGAAUCUCUGACUUUCUGGGAAAAUCGUCGAGGGAAACGACUGGCAUUUCGCAUCCCAAUUAUAUAUAUCCUGGUCUGGUUCCUCCUUCUGUGUCCAAUUCUACCUGUGAACAUUCUACUCCGGCGGACAAGCGUUCCGAGAAGUCACGUUUUGCUUCACAAUCCACCACCAUCGCCCCGGAGUUCGACAUUUGCCUCGCUCUAUCGAUCGGAGAUGAUAGAGGCCAAACGCGCGACAAGUCUCUGCCGUUCCAAUUGGUGUACAGCAGCCUGUUUGCAGCUAUGAAGGAAGAAAUUUACGCAACACGAAGCCACAAGGGGAAGAGCAAGGCGAAGGAAGUGCAGGUUCUGGUGCGAGUCGACUACGGAAGCAUAGUGUGCAAAAUGGUGAGGGAUUUUUUGGACGAACUGGAAAUCGGUUUGCCGGGCGUGAAGGCGAAGUGCAGAAGCUUCGACCAGCUUACGGACGGUACGAAGUGUGGGAAAUUAAUGUCCGGGUCUACGCAUCGCCUCGUUCCUCAAAUCUCACCUGUUUUCAGUCGGAUGGCGAGUUGGAAGAGCCAGCGCUUCGUGGACCUGGACUGUUCAAGGCCCGAGGAGGAUGCGCCCGCCAUUCCCGAAAGCAAGUGACAAGUCACCAUAGUCACGGGAUUCAGCAGCAACCACAUUCUUCGGCAGUGGGGCUUUUCAUGCUUCGAUCUCUCGGCAAAGCUGCGAAGGAGGGCGUCCUCGAGCUGGGGACUGGAGUAUCGGUGGUCGUCUGGGCGAUGGAAAUUUUCAAGCCCGAGGAUCAGAAGAUUCUGGAUUGCAUCAUCGACGAGCUCAACACCGAGUACAACGUGAGGGCCGAGGUCAGGCUGUUCGAUUUCUCGGCGCACCCGCAGUGGAUGCCUCUCAAUCAGAGUCUGGGCUAUUUCGGAGGCACGGGCGAGUACGCAUGGAGCGAGGAAUCGCCCUGUGGGCCGACGCGGGAGAUCGAUUCGAAGACACCGUUUCCCUCGUGGAAACUUUCAACACGCUGAAAUUCACCGGCUUCGUUUCACGAAAUUCUCAUGGCACGAUCUGGACUCGCACUCAUCCGCUGCACUUGAUAUUCUUCCGGGCGAACCUGCCCAGCAUCUGGGUCUGGAGAACUGCGAGGCAGCAAUAGUGGGAUUCACGUUGAAAAAGUACAAGGAGAUCGCCCGGCCGUGGUACGAGUGCGCUCUCAUUAGGCAGUGCAUUGCACCGGACGGAUCAGACAGGAGUAACCAUCGCCAAGACCAAGCCGCUCUCUCUGUCCUCUCGAGAAGUCCCUGCGAGGGCGUGCACCAACAUUUCGGCCACCACAUGGACGACAAUCCGGUAGAUUCUGAGCCGGUGGUCACGCUCGGUGUAGAUACCACCCAUUGCUAUGUCGAUCCUCUUCGUUUGAGUCUUGCGCAAGGGACUCAUUUGGACCACGGGCCGGAGGGACCGUACAUGUGGCAUUGAUUUCGUAUAGCCACGAACAGACGCAAUUCUUUCCCAUUUAGUGUACCAUAUACAUUUUAGCCAUAGCUUCUUCCUUAGUGUAAAUUAGAGGUAUAAGAGCGAUCGACCCGUAGAUCGGCUGUACGGUAGAUAUUGUCAGAAUUUUUAAUAUACUUGGAGCUAGAUCCCGAUCCCUUCCCUAAGCUCACUUGCUUAGAUCGAAAGGGCUUCGGAUGUUUGGAGGAAUGUGAUGAAGAUGAAGAAGAUGAUCACGAUCAUGAGGCGCUUCGGGCGCAGCAAACUCUUGAGGCACAGUUUUGAGACAAGUGAAUGCACAUUAACUCAAACAAUAUAUGAUAUCGAAGUACGACAAAUAUGCCUCUGCAUGAAAUGCUCAUCUUGUCCCCCACCUCGCCAUAACGAAUUUGGCUGUAAUGUGCGUUCUAUUACCAGAUCAUCUCUCGCCUGUGCAUGGAAUGCUGCGAGAGAAUGCGAUAACUCUCGCUUCCGAUGUGGACCCUCACGCGAGGAGAUUCCUUGCGAGACUUGUGAGACCUGCGGGGACGACGAAGUCAGUGGACAGGCAGAGCGAGAGCAGCAACCAGUUACAAGAUCUACGGUGACGAGUGGUUCCAGGCGAUGCCGACGCCUGCUAGCGGGCAUUGCAACUGCGAGCGCAUCUACCGAUCGGACAACGUCGUCUCCGGGAGUCGAAGCCGGUGGACAGCUAUGGUGUGCGAUUUCGAAAGAGGUGGACAUGUGGAUCAGAUCGGCCUAGUCGGUGAAGCCUAUGGAAGCGAUGAGGUGAGCUUCCUCAUAUUCACAUAUUUUUGGAUCCAUGAAUCGCCCUACGAACCAGUAGCCAGUAAGAGCAGUCCCUGAGUAACAGUAAAGCCUCACGAUAUUAUUAACCGGGAGGUUACUGCACUCAAAAUAUGAUUAUUUGGGCAUUUCAUUUCUAAAAGACAAGGAUCAAGUUUAUUUAGUUCAUGUCAUGAAU